AUGCGACACUUUGCCCUGGGCGGCUCCGCUCCGACGAGACCGGGGCUCCUUGUAUGCCGCGUCCCAUCAGAUCUUCGGCCUGGUGCAGCUGCCCCGCUUACAAGUGGCUCUCUUCGAGUGCGGCCGCCCUUCUGGCACGGGCCGAGACAUAUGCACACGCCCCUGCUGGGCGUGCUGCCGGCACAGGCGACCAUCGGGGGGCGUCGCCACGAGCACUGGGGAACGCUCAAGCGUUUCAAGGAGCUGGCAAAGACUCCCGAGGAGCUUGCGCUGAAGGAAGAGCUGGAUAAGGGCUACUGGGGAGAUGCCAACGAGCUGCUGAAGAACAGGGAAGGCAAGUUCUUCUUCGCUGUGCCCAAGCUUACCCCAAAGAAGGAAGCGAGCAAGUUGCUGGACGCCAUACCGGCUUCGCUGCCCACCUACAAACCCUUCGACUUCUCUAAAGUUAACAUCGAAGAGGCGAUGCACACGAAAGCGCCCACACUCGUUCUAGUGACAUGCAAGCGUAUGUUCGCUACGGCCAUGCUGGACUCUUGGCGCAAGCCCUUCGAAGCCGAGUUCCCGCACUUGAACUGCUACGAGCAAGUUGGAUACUGGUGGUUUGGUGGACUCUUCCGCAUGUUCGCGGCCAAAGAAAUCGAGCCGUCGAGAAUGAACAAGGUUCUCUACUACAAUGGGAUACGCAAAACGAAGCGUAUGCGGUGGGAUCUCAACAUCAAGAACAGAUACUGCGCUUAUGCGUUCCUGUGUGACGAAGACGGGCUGGUGCGAUGGCGGGCGGUAGGGUUGGCCAACACCGAAGAGCUGGCUAUGCUCAACAAGAUGGUGAACAAGCUGCAGCAGGAGAAGGGCGUGAGCAGCAGUAACAACUUAGCCAGCAGGUCUGGUCUGGAGCACCAGCAGAAGGCGGACUGA